UUGCCCAAUAACAAUCUCAUCUAAUCCAAUCCUCUUAUUCUCCCAUUUCCCCAAGCUCCCUCUCAUUUUUCUUCACUUCACUAACCUUAAACAACUCACAACACAAUGCCACCUUCCCCGCCUCCCAAACCACCAUUCCCCCCCUUCUUCCUCCUCCUCCUCCUCCUCUUCAUCUCCGCCGCCGCCUCCGCCGUGACCCCCCCAACUCCCUCUCCAAUCCCCUCCCCAACUCCACCUUCCACAACCAAACCAUCCCCUUCUCUACACUCCACACUAGACCCUAAGCAACUCACAGCACUACAAUCUCUAGAAAUCCCAACUUCAAGAGACCCUUGCAUACAACCAUCUCCACACAACUCCACCGCUUGUGACACGUCAUCCCCAUUCCGCCACCUCAUCUCACUCCACCUCGCCAACUGUUCAUCCGAUGUUUCAUUCUCUUACACUGCUCUAAAGUCUCUCUCUACACUUCGGUCACUGUCUUUUACUAACUGUCCGAUCACUCCCAUUCGGUUCCCCUCAGAUCUUGCUCUAAAUCUUGUCUCUUUUUCAGCCACACGCUCACUCAAAAGCCUCACCGGCGUGUGGCUCUCACGCUUUGAUAAUCUCACUGAUCUCACUGUAAGUAAUGUGCCUGUAAAAGCUUCUGGUUUGUAUGUUGUUCUUGGUCAUAUGCAUAAGAUUAAGUCUGUAACUAUUUCUUAUGCUAAUGUCACCGGUUAUAUACCUAAACAUUUGAAUCCUACGCUCACCCAUGUUGAUUUUUCCGGUAAUAAACUUAAGGGAAGACUACCCAGUUCAAUUUCAGUUCUUGAAAAUCUUCAAAGUCUCAAUCUUUCAUCUAAUGCUCUCACUGGUGAAAUCCCCACUACUUUUGGUGACUUGAUUUAUCUAAAGAAUGUAUCUUUGGGGUCUAAUUCCUUAUCGGGAUCGAUCCCGGAUUCAAUGUCAGCAAUUCCAGGGUUAGUUCAUGUUGAUCUGAGUUCAAAUCAGUUCAAUGGGACAAUACCGAAGUUUUUUGCAGAAAUGAAGAGUUUAAAGUACUUGAAUCUUGCUAACAACGUGUUCCAUGGCGUUUUGCCUUUCAAUUCGACAUUUUUGAAGAGACUAGAGGUGUUCAAGAUUGGUGGGAAUAGUGAUUUGUGUUAUAAUCAUACACUUUUGUCAUCAAAAUUGAAGCUUGGGAUUGCUCCUUGUGAUAAACAUGGAUUGCCUAUGUCACCACCUCCUGCUAAAGACUCAUCAGCUGAUAGUGAGAGUGAUUCAUCAGAUUAUGAUGACAGUGAUGAUGGUGAUGGUGAAUCUAGCAGCAAAGGGGAGCAUCAUCAUGGUCCUAAUAAAGUUGUUCUUGGUGUAGCAAUUGGACUUUCUUCUAUAGUCUUCCUCAUUGUGUUCCUCAUUCUUCUCUCUAGAAAGUGCAGUUGAUUGUUACUACAAGGUAAAGUCUCUUUCUUUGAGAGUUUAGAUUAGGAAAUUUGAUGAUUAGAGAUCAAUUUUAUUGGUUUGUUUAUUAUUAUUACACGAAAUUAUGUAGAAGAUUAGCUUUAGAUUAGAGAAAAUGAGAGGGGGGAUCAUUGUUUUCGGGGUGUAUUAUGUUUAUUUACUGUUUUUUUUAAUCUAUGAUUAAUAGUAAUUUUGGUGCUUUGAUGUAA